AUGGGUCAAGCGGAUUAUCCACAGAUUUGCCCUGGAGGCGGUCUGAUCAUCUCGUGGCAGCUGAAGAGGAAGCGCGUGCUGCUCGUAGGUGGCGGUCCCGUAGCAGCCGGUGAGCAUCUUUCAUGUCACGUCACGUCACGUCACGUCACGUCACGCACGAGAACACUCGCGCGGCAAGCCCGGAUGCGCUGGCUGACCAUAAAUGCGCAUAUACACGCUCCCUCACCUCACCUCACCUCACCUCACGCCACGCCACGCGAACGCGCAGGUCGAUUGGUGAAUGUGAAGGAUGCGGAUGCCAUCGUCACCGUCAUUUGUCCCUCUUCCGGUCUGUGCGGGGAGAUGAAGCAUCGCAUAUAUGUGGAGAAAUGCGUAGACGAGUAUGAGGAUCGGGUUUUUGGGGGAAAAGAGGAUGUGAUGGGCUACGAUAUGGUGCUAACGGCGAUCGACGAUGCCGCUUUAUCGCGAGAAAUCUGUCAAAUGGCCAGAGCGUUGCGCAUCCCCGUCAAUGUGGCGGAUGUACCGCCAGAGUGCGACUUUUACUUUGGAAGCUUGAUACGAAGAGGUCCAUUGCAAGUGAUGGUGAGCACGGGGGGCAAAGGUCCUCGCAUAGCCGCCCAAACCCGUCGCAUCAUUCAACGAGCCAUUCCGAAGAAUUUGGGCCAAGCCAUCGAAAAUGUGGGCAGGCUGAGAGCCAUGCUGAGGAGCGAGGCGCCGCAAGCCGCUGCCGGUCCCAAACGCAUGAGCUGGAUGAUCGACGUUUGCGAAAAGUGGUCCUUUGACGAACUGGCAACGCUGGAGGAAGACGAGAUGCGCAUCAUCCUUCGAGGUUGGAAGGAUGGAAGUGUGCCGAGCGCCAGGCAGGUCAGAGGCAUCAGCAGGACGUUGCCGGAUAGCAAGCGCAUCCGCAAGGCAAUCGUUGGCAGGUGCCCCGUUGCCGGUUACAUUUCACCUUGGCUUGCAGGCUUUGCGGGCAUCCUGCUCGGAUCCGCAAUCACCUCUACCCUCUUCAUCGCACGAUCAUCCAAGCGAGCGUGA